GACGGUUCUCCUUGAAAAAAGUUUACAAAAAUGAAAAAACAAUUCGCAAAAAAAUUAAUAAAAAUUAAAAGAAUUCUUACAGGCAAAGUUGAUCAAACGCGCGCUGCCACCGCCUCUUCUGCCGAAUCGCUCUCUCUUCGUUCAAUUUGCUCUUCCUUGUUUGGUUCCUGAGAAAUUUGGAUUUUCCAGGUGGAAGCAAACGAGAUAACAGAGAACUGAGGGAUUUGUCGGCUCUUCAAAUCCCAAAACCCUUACAGCUUUGGGAAGCCAAUGGCAACUUCUAGUUCACUGAAGGAAUAUCUAAAACGAUACGAGUCAAAAAACGAAGAAGAGGAACAGAAGAAGAAAAGGAAGAAGAAGAAGGCUAAAGCCCAACCGGAGUCCUCAGGCGUUUUCGUUGUUGAUGAAGAUCCAGUCUGGCAAAAACCUGUUAACCUCGAAGAAGACAAUGAUGGCAAUGAUUCACCCGAUGAGAGGCCAUUGGUGGAUGAAGAUAUAGAAGUAAAAAGAAUGAAAAAGCUGGAGCAGAUUAGGUUGACGAGGGGGUUAAACUCAAUUGCUGAGGAUGGUAGUGGUUGGGUUUCACUUUCUCCUAAGCGCACCAAUGCUUUGGAUCCUAAUUCUGAUAGUUCCCCUCCUCGUAGGCAGAGGGCUCGAAAUGACACACUGUCUCCAGAACCUGGGCUGAGGCGUUCAAACUCUGAAAGAGAAGUUGAAGAUUUAUCACCUCCGAGACAACCACUUUCCCCUGGUUUGAAAUCUGAUUUAUCACCACCAAGGAGAAGUAGGGUUCGGAAUGACACACCAUCAGCAAGAGAAGAUACUGAUUUAUCACCUCCUCGUAGGAGGCCAGCUCAGACUGACUCACCAGAACCUCGAGUUAAGGCUGCAAAAGAAGGUAUUGACUUAUCUACGCCGAGGAAACGGAGGGUUCGGAAUGACACACCGUCACCAGAACCUGUACUGAACCGACCAGAUACUGAUUUGUCACUGCCUCGGAAACGGAGGGCUAGAAAUGACACACCUUCACCAGAACGAAGAAUGAAGCCAUCGAGAAAAGAUACUGAUCUGUCGCCUCUACGGAAAAGGUCGAGACGCCACCAUACACCAUCACCUGAGCCGGAUAUGUCCCCACCGAGACGAUCUCGUCCUCAAACAUCUGAGGUUGUUAAUGAUUCUGAUCUCUCCCCUCCAAGGAAACAUAGGAAGGAAUCAACUGGUCCAGCUUCCUUAAAGGAGCAACCAAAAACUGGAUUAAUUUCUGGCAGUGAAAUCCGGGAAGAAAUUUCUAAAACCAAGAAGGAUGACUGGUUAAGGUUUAAGGAGAUGGAUCCAUCUAUAAGUGGACGAGGAGCUGAACCUGUAUAUCGUGAUAAGACAAAAGGGGAGCGCAUAUCAAAGGAAGAGUACCUGAAGUCAAAACGGAAAGGGGAAGAUAAGCCCAAGGAGAAACAAUUGGAGUGGGGCAAAGGCUUAGCCCAAAAGCGGGAAGCUGAAGCUAGGUUGCAAGAAUUAGAACGCGAGAAGGAUAAGCCAUUUGCUCGAACCAGGGAUGACCCUGAGCUUGACAAUAUGUUGAAGGAUAGAAUAAGAUGGGGUGAUCCUAUGGCACAUUUGGUCAAGAAAAAGCAUUCUGCGCCAGCUCUUAGAGACCUAGGGGAUGCUGAGAAGAUGAAGGAAUCAGGGUUUAUAAUUCCUCAGGACACUCCUGCACAUAGUUGGAUUGUAAGAAAGUUAGAUGCCGCACCAAAUCGAUAUGGUAUAAGACCAGGAAGACACUGGGAUGGAGUUGAUCGUAGUAAUGGUUUUGAGAAGAAAAUGUUCACAAAAUUAAAUGAGAAACGGGCUACCGAAAGGGAAGCAUAUCUUUGGUCUGUGUCGGACAUGUGAUUCAAGACAUUCUUUCAGUACCAUGCUAUUCACUUGUUGCCGCGGUCUCAAAUGGUGGAGUUUUGAUGCAUCCUUUUAUUUUUUGUAUCUUGUUUUUCAAAUAAUGAUCUUUUACAAGUCAUAUAUGGUUGAAUCCUGUUUUUCAAUUAACAUUGCUGCAUGAAUGUUGUUGGUACAACUUGCCAGAAGAAAAGUCUCCAAAGCAAAGUGAGUAGCAAGCUUGUCUUGAAAGCUCUCAGAAAUCUAUCAAUGGCACUGGGACUGAAGUCUUAGGAGAGCAGGAAAUUCUUCUGAUAUGCUGAAAAUUCAGAGAUUAUAUGCUUACCUUAUAUCUCUGUCCAUUGUAGAUGUUUGAUAUUAGCAAGAGGACUUGAGCAUUUGUAAUUCAGUGUAAGAAUCUAACCAUUUUGAAUUCAGUUUGAGAAUCAAACCACAGCUUUUUUCCUCUA